CGCGCUGGCACAGUGGGGAACAUGCAUGGCCGAGCGAGUGCUGCUCUGACAUGGGUUGAUUUCUUCAUGUUGAACUACACGACUUUCCACCGCUCCUGCUUAUAUUUGCCUCGUUUCAAGCGACACUUAGAAAUAUUUGUGUCCAUGCUAAGGAUUUUAUGAACUCGUUUUUUUUUGCCACGGCACAUUUGAACGACUCCGGUUCAAGGAAAGAGCUGCUCCUAGUUCUUCAGCGGUUCUUCAGCCGUGACAAUACAGCGACAGCGCCGACGACACGGACACACAGCCGCGCGAGUAAAGGAAGAUUUGGCACUGUCUGUAGCCGGCUGGUUAUGUGGAGUUAAUUAUUAUUCAAAUGUUCUAAGAAACAUUUCAGAGCAUAUUUAUGCAUGGACCACGCUGUUAUUAACUUGAAAAUCAACAAUUCAACGCUGCGUAGGCCUAUAGUUACAGAAACUAUUGGUGCCCAAAGAAGAGUUGAUCCGAGAGAAUAAUUAUUCAUUUGUGUAGGCUGUGGUAGACCGACUACAGGAGAAAACUAUUAUAAAGCUAAAAAUUCAUGUUUAUAAUAUCUGUGACAUCCCACAUCUUCUGCGGUCGAAGAGGAUGCUCUUGUUGCUAUGAAUACACGACAAAAACAAUGACUGAAAUAGUGUAUUUUAAACGGAUCCUCAACUAAUUAAUAAUCAAGACAUUUACCCACCAAUUGCAAUAAUUUUUAUUCCACAAACUGGCAUUGCUUUUUUUUACUGAAUGAAAAGACAACUUUUUUUUUUACAAAUGUCAAUUCAAGCCUCAGCACAAUAACUGCUUCGUGAAAUAAUCCAAUCAAUGCGUUAUACUCGAGCAGUCAACUAAGACAUAAGGCAAUUAUAAUUUAAAAGCCUUCAGAUGUGAAUCUAAUUUCACUCUGUUCAUUUGAAGAAUUCUACCGCGCCAGACGCUGCAUCGAGAGGGACCUUGACGUGUCCAAGUUCGGGAGCCAUGCCGCAGAUGGAAAUGAUCCUAUGCGUUUCGCUGGUGUUAUGGACGUGUGUCUACGGCCAAGAGCCGGCCUCCAAGGUGGUGUCCGACCGCUAUGCGGUCUACUGGAACCGGACCAACCCCAGGUUCUACCGGGGUGACUACCACAUCGACGUGUGUAUAAACGACUACCUGGACGUCUUCUGUCCCCACUACCUUGACUCUGUCCCAGAGGAGAGGACAGAGCACUACGUCCUCUACAUGGUCAACUACGACGGCUACAGCUCCUGUGACCACACGGCCAAGGGCUUCAAACGCUGGGAGUGUAACAGGCCCCACUCCCCAAACGGACCCCUGAAGUUCUCCGAGAAGUUCCAGCUCUUCACCCCCUUCUCUCUGGGCUUCGAGUUCCGCCCCGGCAGAGAGUACUACUACAUCUCUUCCACCAUUGCUGACAAUGGAAGGAGAAGUUGCCUACGACUGAAGGUGUUCGUCAGACCAGCAAGUAAAUACAAUUGUGUGAAAACUGUCAGUGUUCACGAUCGGGUCUUUGACGUCAAUGAGAGAGUGGACAAUUCCCUAGAACCAAGAGAUGACACCAGCCACGAGUCAGCUGAGCCAUCCCGAGGUGACGUCAACUCCGUGGGCCGGGUUCAGACCGCCGGCCUGCUGGUGACCUCCUCCCUGCUUCUCCUGGCGGCCAUCUUGUCUUCAUAGCGCCCAGCCUGAGGGUUUUAGACAGAGCGGAGUGGACCGCCCUGACUGGACCACAGGCCCCCCACAACCCCCAAGGAGCACUUUUUAACAGACAGUCUCUCUCAGUGCAAGGGAGAGGAGAGACUUAUAAGUGGAAGUCCUUUUUAUAAACGUUGCUUUGGGGAGUUAAGAUGCCAAAAGCCUUUUUGUCAUUUUACUUUCCUGUGAAUUUUGAUAUUUGAAGGCCAUGGUAUGCCGUUGAAUUUGCUCUCCCCAUAUCCUCUCACACACUAACACACACACAGGCUCCCUCUCUCUCUCUCUCUCUCUCUCUCUCUCUCUCUCUCUCUCUCUCGCCCUCCUCUGUAGCCACACCAAACAUUUUGCAAGAUUAAACUUACGGAACAAAAACAUUUUCCAAACCCCCAAAUGACUUUGAUUGAGAAUAUGAUGAAGUCGUGUGGCAAAUGACAAUUGAUCAUUUGAAGAAGGCUUGUGACUGAUCAGAUCUGCCAAUGGCAAUGAGGCCAAGGAAUACUGGCCAAUCAAAUGAGGCCAACGGUGAAACAAGGAUCCAAAGCCAUGGUUGUAGCUUGGAGAAAUCCUGUUGCCAAGCAGAGGGUUGUCUGUUGUUUUCUUUCCUUUGAAGAGUCCAUUAGAAGUUCCUCUCAGGUGAUGGGGGUUGGAUUCAAUGACUCAGAGACUGGGAGAGGAUGUUUGAGAUUAACCGGAGAAAAUAAGCCCUCAUGUUUAGUACUUUCUGUCCUUUUAGGGGAAUUAGUGAUUGAUUAAUGUAUUUUUGAAAUAAAUCACAUAAUUCAAGUUUAGCAGCCAACACGGGUGUAUAUUUGCGAGGAGCGUGGGAGCUGAUAUGGUAUUUUGUCAGGCAAAUGUAUUUUCCUAUUUAUUCUUGAGUCCUCGUGCUCUGUCCGUUUUCUGAUGACUGUCCUGGUUCUGUCACUGUAACUACAGCAGAGAGAAGCCCAAAACAUCCCACCACGAAAAAGCAUCAGUCUCUCUUUUUGUUUAAGACGGGUAUGCUUAUAUUUCAUUACUCGUACACAUUAAGUAUCUGGGCUUGGACUCAAAAUGUAACUGAAUUGCAUUGUUUUUAUCCAGCUGAGUUCAGGAAAGAGGACAGAGAGUCGCUUGUUGUAUCAGGGUGUAGGAAUGUGAGCUAUAACUGUGAUCUUCUCUGUAACAGUAAACACAAACUAUAUGCGUACUAACAAGUCAGCCCAUAUUACAAUCCACUACUUCAUUUGGAAACAUUGUCAUAACCUUUACCAAACUACAUUUACGUUUAUAAACACAAGGUACAGGGAUGACACCAUUCUGUAGCUAACACAAUUAGUUUCAAUUAUGUUUGUAGUAGUAUUCUUGGGUUCUGCCAGGCAAACAGCACACACUUGCAUUGAUAUUGAUAGGUUAGCGACUAUGCAGUGAUGAUCCGCCCACACGUCCCCGCAGUUCUCCUAACUUUGCAGGAAGGUUGUGGUAACGUUGUGGACAUAAGGUUCCUCUAUAGCAGCUGCAGCUCUGGUAUGAUUUAGCCGUGUCUUUGAUGUCGUGUGGAGCAGCGUCCUUGCAGACCACAUGCUGGGUGGCCAUGCGUUGGUUAUUUCUGGAAUGGAAAAAGAAAAGACCACCAGGAGAGAGAGGGAGAGAGGUGUCCUGUUCAGACUCUGGAUAGGUUCACUAGCAGGGGAGAGAGAGGUGUCCUGUUCAGACUCUGGAUAGGUUCACUAGCAGGGCUGAGAGAGGUGUCCUGUUCAGACUCUGGAUAGGUUCACUAGCAGGGGAGAGAGAGGUGUCCUGUUCAGUCUCUGGAUAGGUUCACUAGCAGGGGUGAGAGAGGUGUCCUGUUCAGUCUCUGGAUAGGUUCACUAGCAGGGGCGAGAGAGGUGUCCUGUUCAGUCUCUGGAUAGGUUCACUAGCAGGGGCGAGAGAGGUGUCCUGUUCAGACUCUGGAUAGGUUCACUAGCAGGUGCGAGAGAGGUGUCCUGUUCAGACUCUGAAUAGGUUCACUAGGAGAGGCGAUAGAGGUGUCCUGUUCGGUCUCUGGAUAGGUUCACUAGUAGGGGCGAGAGAGGUGUCCUGUUCAGUCUCUGGAUAGGUUCACUAGCAGGGGUGAGAGAGGUGUCCUGUUCAGUCUCUGGAUAGGUUCACUAGUAGGGGCGAGAGAGGUGUCCUGUUCAGUCUCUGGAUAGGUUCACUAGCAGGGGCGAGAGAGGUGUCCUGUUCAGUCUCUGGAUAGGUUCACUAGCAGGGGUGAGAGAGGUGUCCUGUUCAGUCUCUGGAUAGGUUCACUAGCAGGGGCGAGAGAGGUGUCCUGUUCAGUCUCUGGAUAGGUUCACUAGCAGAGGAUAGAGAGGUGUCCUGUUCAGCCCAGUGGACCGGAGUGAGUGAUGAGGUGAGAGAGAGGCCCCAGCUGAGAUCAAUAGAAAUCGGCUUCUCAAACCCAGGAACACUCGGUAAAUAUUUCCCUCAGUCCCUUCACUUACUUAUACACAGUCUAUUUAGUGUACUGACACUCACUCACCUCCUUUGUAAAGGGUCGAAUGGACGAUCAGUGAGAAAUACGUUUAGCCUCUGCCUCUGUAGGCUGUCAUUGUGGGAUUCAGUUUGACCAAAUCUGUAGAUAGGAAAAGUAAAAAUUCAUUGUCACCGACAUUCACUUCGGGCAACAUUGGGAAAUACGGAUCACCUUGUCUUAUGGGUACUGUGUAUCCAGCCGUGGUCUAACAGAACGUACAGUGUUAGAGCAGUGAUUCUCACACUUCUUUGAAGGGCAACCAGAGUUAAGGGAGACAUUGUUAAUGUUGUUAGUGAGAAAAAUGUAAAUGUUUGAUAUAAAAAAAAAACAGUUGAUUUCAUUUCUAAAUGUCUUUUUGUAUGAGAAACAUGAUCAAUGUUACAGUCUAUAUCUGUCAAUUCUGAAUCCACCGUGCGAUUAGCAUUAUGUGUAAGCGUCUCAAAUAUCAACUGUGCUGUGUGUGUGUGUGUGUGUGUGUGUGUGUGUGUGUGUGUGUGUGUGUGUGUGUGUGUGUGUGGAGGUUGAAGUUAAGGUCUCUGCUAUUGGAAGUGCACUAUAUCCAUCCAUGCCCAUUCCAAGAACCAGACCACACUCCUAUCGCUCUCCCCUUUUGACCAGACCUUUACUUAGUAGUAUUUUCAUCUGGAAUGUGGUUUAGGUGCCUGAUGUUUUGAGUUCUUGUACCUGCUUAGUUUGUCUGUGGUCUCUCCAAUGGUUUCAGAUGAAGCUUCAGUAGUCAGUAGCACCAUGUUGUUGUACCUGAAUUCAGGAGAUGGAAUGUCCAUUUUUUUGUAAAGCUUGUUGAGUGCUGGUUUUCUGUGCAUAUCACAAUGUCCUAAAUCAGUUAACUGUAAUUUUCUAUUCAACCGUUGAUGUAGAGUAUUAGAUGCAGUUUUGUUACAAGGUGAACAGUGAGUCUGAUUGGAGGAGCUCUUCACCUGAAUUUGGUACCUGUUACUGUAGCCAUUUAGCCUGAACCUAAUGUCACUGUGCCCUCCUAUGUACCCUGUCCUACUGUAUGUAUCUGUCCCCUGUCUUCUGUACUCUGUCUUCUGUGCUCUGUCCAUGUCCCCUGUCCCUGGCCUCUGUCCCUGGCCUCUGUCCCUGGCCUCUGUCCAUGUCCACUGUCCCCUGUCCCCUGGCCUCUGUCCAUGUCCCCUGUCCCUGGCCUCUGUCCAUGUCCACUGUCCCCUGGCCUCUUGUCCCAGACCUAUUGUCCUCACCUCCCCAGACUGUUGUAACUCCUCCCUCUCUUCCUGGUCUAACUCGCUUCACCAGAUUUUUCUGCAAAUGUAUUUCAUACGAAGGCCAUUAUUUGUAAAUACACGUGUUGGAGCAGCUAUGACUAACUACAACAAAAAAAUGAUUUAAUAAAAGUUGUCAUUUGUCU